UGACAUAGUGAAUCUCUUUCAGACAAAAUUCUUGGUGAAGAGAGCCCUUCGUUCUGAUACUGGAACGUACAAGAUAACAGCAAAGAACAUAAAUGGUGAAGAUACAGCUGAAGUGAAGGUGACCGUUCUGGAUCAUCCAGGAACACCUCACGGACCUCUUGAUAUCAGUAAUGUGACAAAAGAAGGAUGCGAUCUAGCUUGGAAAGCUCCGGAUGAUGACGGAGGUAAUCCAUUUAGAGGAGGGACAUCGAUGAUAGCCGUUGUCAUUUCCAAAUCAGACAUAGACUGUUUCUGGCUUUCUGAUUUUCCAAACGUAGGAUUACACUGCGCUGAAAUCGAUCACUACGUCAUCGAAAAGCAAGAUGCAAAUACUGGUAGAUGGACGAACUGUGGUGAAAGCAAGGAUACGAACUUCCACGUCGAUGACUUGGCUCAAGGCCAUGAGUACAAGUUCCGCGUCAAAGCUGUGAAUCGCUACGGCGAGUCCGAUCCUCUCGAAGCAAAUCAAUCCAUCGUAGCCAAAGAUCCAUUCGAACUUGCUGACAAACCCGGCACUCCCGAAAUUGUUGACUGGGAUAAGGACCGUGCUGAUCUCAAGUGGACACCACCACAGGACGACGGCGGUGCUCCCAUUGAGGAAUACCUGAUCGAGAUGAAGGCUGGUAAUGGCGAUUGGGUCGCCGCGAAGAAAGUACCAGCUGUACCAGGAGGAGAACAGACAGCUACUGUGAAUGACCUUAAGCAAGGACAAACAUAUCAGUUCCGAGUGAAGGCGCUGAACAAAGCUGGAGAAUCACGCCCAUCCGAUCCGAGCAAAGCAAUGAUUGCUAAGCCAAGAAAUCUUCCUCCAAAGAUUAACAGAGACAUGUUCACUGACUUGCGCAUCAAGGCAGGACAGGCAAUCAACUUCGAUGUGAAUGUGGAAGGCGAGCCAACGCCUAAGAUUGAGUGGUUCUUGAAUGGGCAACCCAUUCAGUCCAUUGGGAAGACCAAAAUUGACAACUCUAAUGACAAUAACACCAAACUGGACACCAAAGACGCAGCCAGAGCCGACAGUGGCAAGUACAAAAUCGUAGCGACAAAUGAGAACGGACGCGAUGAAGCUGAAGUUGACGUAAACGUUCUGGAUAUUCCCGGAACUCCCGAAGGACCACUAGCAGUAAAAGAUAUCACAAAGGAUAGCUGCACAUUGCGCUGGAAUCCUCCAGAAGACGAUGGCGGCUCUCCAAUUACCAAUUAUAUUGUUGAGAAACAGGAAGACGGUGGUCGAUGGGUACCGUGUGGUGAAACGGCCGAUACCAACCUGAAGGUUGGCAAACUCAACGAAGGACAUGAGUACAAAUUCCGAGUGAAAGCCGUAAAUCGACAAGGCACCUCAGCACCAUUGCAAACCGAUCAUGCCAUCGUUGCAAAGAACCCAUUCGAUGAACCUGGUGCACCAACUGAUGUCACUCCAGUUGACUGGGAUAAGGAUCAUGUAGACCUUGAAUGGAAGGCUCCCGAGAACAACGGUGGUGCACCCAUUGAGCAGUACAUUGUAGAAAAGAAGGACAGAUAUGGAGACUGGGUGCCUUGCGCCACUGUGGAUGGCAAAACUACGAAAGCCACAGCUGGUAACCUUGUGGCAGGGGAAACUUAUCAGUUCCGAGUCAAGGCUGUCAACAAAGCUGGUCCUGGAAAGCCAUCAGAGCCAACGGGACCGAUCGUGGCUAAGCCAAGAAGAAUGGCUCCAAAGAUCAACCUUGCCGGUCUUUUGGAUAUUCGCAUCAAGGCAGGCACUCCACUCAAACUGGAAGUAGCCUUUGAAGGAGAGCCAGCUCCGACUGCAAAAUGGUUCGCCAACAAUACCGAUCUCGGAGACAGCCAAAGAGCCGACAUCACCACAACGCCUACCACAUCAGAACUUCUCAUAUUCUCGAGUGUUCGUGGAGAUACAGGGCUGUACACAGUCACUGUGGAGAACGAACAUGGCAAAGAUAAAGCUCAGUGCACUGUCACGGUUCUGGAUGUACCAGGUACACCUGAAGGACCGCUGAAGGUCAAUGAGAUUCAUAAGGAAGGAUGCACCCUCAAUUGGAAACCACCUGUUGAUAAUGGAGGAACGGAGAUUCUGCAUUAUCGUGUCGAAAAGAUGGAUACUUCUCGCGGAACUUGGCAGGAAGUUGGAGAAUUCCCUGAAUGCACGGCUAAGGUGAACAAGCUCAUCAACGGAAAAGAAUACCAGUUCCGAGUGAUGGCCGUGAACCUCCAAGGAGAGUCAAAACCACUUGAGACCCUGGAACCGAUCAUCGCUAAGAACGAAUUCGACGUACCUGACCCGGUCGACAAACCGGAAGUGGUUGACUGGGACAAGGACCGCAUUGAUAUACAAUGGAAGCCACCAGCAAACAACGGUGGAAGUCCAGUGAAAACCUAUAUCGUGGAAAAGAAGGAAAAGGGCAGCGCCAUCUGGAACGAAGCCGGAAAGACUUCCGGUACCACGUUCUCCGCAAACAAUCUCAAAACUGGAACAGAGUACGAGUUCCGAGUUAUCGCUGUCAACGAAGCUGGUCCUUCGGAUCCAUCCGAACCUACGGAUGCUCAGAUGGCUAAAGCAAGAUACCUAAAACCAAGGAUACUAACUCAGACACGCAAGAUCAAAAUCAAAGCCGGUAACACUCAUAACAUGGAGAUCGAGUAUGCCGGUGCACCUGAACCGAUAGCAACAUGGGCUUUCGGAGACGGUCAAACUUUACCACAAGAGCUUUUGGUCGAAUCAAAGCCUGGCCUAGCCAGCAUAUUCUUCCCAAGCGCAAAGAGAAGUGACAGUGGAAUGUACACUCUAAAAAUCAAAAACGAAGUUGGUGAAGACGAAGGCGUCUUUGAAGUCGUUAUACAAGAUCACCCUGGUUCUCCUGAAGGACCACUAGAAGUCUCAGAUGUGACCAAGGACAGCUGUGUGCUCAGCUGGAAGCCACCAGCUGACGAUGGAGGAUCUGAAAUCACCAACUAUGUAGUCGAGAAACGCGAUACUAAGACAAACACUUGGGUUCCUGUGUCGGCAUUCGUGACCGGAACGAAAGUGACCGUACCAAAGCUCGUCGAGGGACACGAGUACGAAUUCAGAGUCAUGGCCGAGAACGCAUUCGGUCGAUCAGAUCCACUAAAUACGACCGAACCUGUACUUGCCAAAGAUCCAUUUGGAGUGCCCGGAAAGCCUGGACAGCCUCAAAUCGUUGAUACCGAUAAUGACCAUAUCGACAUCAAAUGGGAUCCGCCACGAGACAACGGUGGCUCUCCUGUUGAGCACUACGACGUGGAGAGGAAGGAUGCAAAGAGUGGAAGAUGGAUUAAAGUGAAUACAACGCCUGUAAGUGGAACGACAUUCUCGGAUGUUAGAGUCCAGAAAGACCACACUUACGAAUAUAGAGUUGUAGCCGUAAAUAAGAGCGGUCCCGGAGCACCAUCGGAUCCCUCUGCCGCAGCCACUGCCAAGCCGAUGUUCGAGGGCCCAGUCUUCGAUAUGGACAUCAACGGCAAGGAGUACCGCGUAAAAGUCGGCGAAAAACUCGACAUUGUUGUACCCAUGCAUGGCUCUCCAACUCCCGAAGUCAAAUGGAUCAAGGACGGCAAAGACAUGCCACUGAUAGAAACCAGUGAUUCACAGACACGUCUCUGCAUCGAAAAAGCUCGCCGUAGCGAUGCUGGUCCUAUCAAGAUCAAGGCUUCCAACGCCUACGGAACAGCUGAAGCAGAUAUCAAGGUUACUGUCAUUGACAAGCCAGGAACUCCUGAAGGACUUGCAAGCGAUGCGGUGACAAGGCACACCUGCACACUCAAGUGGACACCUCCCAAAGAUGAUGGAGGGUCAGAGAUCACCGGAUACAAGAUCGAGUAUCAGCCUAUUGGAUCAUCGAUAUGGGAGAAAGUUCCGGGAGGUGUUGCCGGCACAUCGUACACCGUUCGCGGUCUGGAACAUGGCGAACAGUACCGCUUUAGAAUCAAGGCCGAGAACCUGGUUGGUGCUUCGGACUACAUUACCACAGCUCCAGUCUUGAUCAAAGAUCCAUUCGAUCCACCAGGAGCUCCUUCAACCCCGGAAGUUACCGGAUACGAUUCAAAUCUUGUAUCGCUUGCUUGGAAUCCACCAAAGGAUGAUGGCGGUUCUCCAAUUUUGGGAUAUGUUGUCGAAAGGUUUGAGAAGAAGGGCGGCGGUGACUGGGCACCAGUAAAGAUGCCGCUCAUCAAGGGCACUGAAGUUACCAUCCCUAACCUUCACGAGGGAGAAACCUACCAGUUCCGUGUAAGAGCUGUUAACGCUGCAGGUCAAGGAGAAGCCAGUGGUGGAACCGAACCAGUAACUUGCAGACCAUUUGUUGUACCACCUGGAGCACCUGAUCAGCCAAGAAUCGGCGAGAUAACCAAGAACUCUGCUGAAGUAUUAUGGAGUAAGCCAACAAAGGAUGGCGGAGCACCGAUUGAUGGCUACUACGUUGAAAAGAAGAAAAUUGGAGACCCAGAAUGGACAAGGGUCAACGCAAAGCCGAUCAAGGGUACAUCUCUUGUUGUGGAUGGCCUUGGCGAGAAAGAAGAAUACGAAUUCCGAGUCGUCGCCGUGAACUCAGCCGGAGAAGGCGAGCCAUCAAAACCAUCAGACUUGGUGGUCAUCCAAGAACAACCGGGACGACCAGUAUUCGACCUAUCAAAUCUCAAGGAUAUCACUGUUCGCGCUGGAGAAACUAUCCAAAUCAAGAUCCCGUACAGUGGUGGCAAUCCAAAGCCCAUCGUUGAUCUGUUUAACGGAAAUACACCACUGUUUGAGAACGACCGCACAGUUAUUGAUGUGCUUCCUGGCGAGAUCGUCAUCACAACCACAGACUCGAAGAGAAGCGACGCUGGUCCUUACAAGAUCGUUGUUUCCAACAGAUUUGGCAAGGACACAGCGAAGCUUAAUGUGAAAGUGUUAGAUGUGCCCGGCAAACCGACGGGACCCAUCAAAGCAUCGGACAUCCAGGGAGACGCAAUGACACUGAACUGGUUGCCGCCAAAGGAUAACGGAGGCGACGACGUCACGAACUACGUUGUCGAGAAGAGAACUCCAGGUGGAGAAUGGGUUACGGUUGGCCAUCCGGUCGGCACUUCUAUGCGGGUGAGGAACCUUGACAAGAAUCAAGCUUACGAGUUCCGCGUUUCUGCCGAAAAUCAAUAUGGUGUGGGACAACCACUUGAAACGGAUGAUGUGAUUGUGGCCAAGGAUCCAUUUACCACUCCUGGACCACCUGGACAACCAGAAGCUCUCGAGACUUCUGAGGAGGCCAUCACCCUUCAGUGGAGCCGACCGUUAACCGAUGGCGGAGCUCCAAUCCAAGGAUAUGUCAUUGAAAAACGUGAAGUUGGCUCUAAGGAAUGGAAGAAGGCAGCAUUCGGAGCAGUUCCGGAUACCAAAUACAGAGUAACCGGAUUGACACCAAAGAAAGAGUACGAAUUCCGUGUAUGCGCUACGAAUGCAGCUGGUAAUGGAGACUGGAGCGAAGAAAGCUUCCCAAUUGCAGCUGAGAAAACACCUACAAAGCCUGUCAUCAACAUGGGCAUGCUCACCAGGGAUAUCAUUGCCUAUGCUGGAGAAACCGCUAAGGUAUGAUC